AUGUCUCUCCUCGUCCUGACCGCAGCAGACGUGGCGAAGAUCGUGGACGCGAUCGAUGUUGAACAUCUCGAGUCUUUGAUGUCGAAAGUCUUUACCACAAUAUCUGACACCUCCACGCCAGUCAAUCUUUCUCCGCCGAGAACGAUCAUUCCUACCGAACGGCACAACGUCCUGUUCAUGCCGUCAAGAAUGCAGCAAGUUGGUACUGCAAUUAAGGUCGUUUCUGUACCUACUGCAGCCAAUUCUUCUGGGUUACCGGCAACAACGCUCGUAAUGGACGAGAUGACUGGAGCCGUAAGAGCUAUUGUCAACGCACGAAGCUUGACAGCGCUUCGGAACGCUGCUGGUUCAGUGCUCUCUACUCGCCUCGUCGGACUCAAAGAUCCGGCAACAAUCGUCGCGUUUGGAGCAGGGAAGCAGAUAGAGACCCAUCUCGACCUUCAUAUUCGCGCAUACCCAUCUAUCCGGCAGUGCACCAUUGUUAACCGAUCCAACAACGCUCGAUUAUCCUCCCUUCAGCAGUACUUCACUUCAAGAUACCCCCAUGUCAGGAUCAGAUGUAUAGCGAGGGAAGACACAGCAGACGAAGAAAUCGAGUCCCUCGUUGGUGAUGCGUCGGUGAUCAUCUGCGCUACAUCGUCGACGCGCCCUUUGUUCCCUUCUCAGUGGGUCCGCGACGGAACACAUAUUAUCUUGAUCGGCAGCUACACACCCCGGAUGCACGAAGUUGAUACAUCACUUGUCCUCCGAGCAUGCGAUACAAGUCGUGGUGGAGUUCUGCUGGUCGAUUCCAAGGAAGCAUGUGCCAAAGAAGCUGGCGAGCUCAUCGACGCGGGGAUCGGUCCUGAUGCGAUUAUCGAGAUGGGCGAGAUGAUUGGAAAAUGCGAGGCGUACCCGAGAGGACCCACUACUUUCGGAGGUGUUACGAUGUUCAAAUCGGUCGGAGUAGGGUUACAGGACGUUGCUAUCGCUUACGCGACUGUGGACAAAGCGCUCGCUAUGGAUCCGCCUGUGGGCACGAUCAUUGGCCAAUACGAUUUGGCAUAG